UGGUGUGGACGGAAAGGGGGAUGGAGAACUACGAAACGUCCGACCACUUCACGAGGCGCAACAAGAUGUCAACAGACAUCGGGCGUGGAGUUUCGUUGUCGGCAGAGGCUCGCGCCGCGCUGCCAUCGUCGGACAACUUCAUGCCGCACCAGAACCCUACCAGCGGGAAAUUUUCGCUUGACCUCGUCUUGGAGAAGUGCUUGGACCUCACCUUCCCGCAAAAGGCGCGAAAGUUGUUUUUGGAUAAGACGAACGCCUACGUCAAGCACUGCACGACGGCGCCGCCGCCCGAGGAGGAGGACAAGCGGAAGCCACACCAGAUGAAGAAGUCCGCCACGCUCGGUCGCGUCACGCUCGGGGAGCGGUCCGAGGAGCACAACACCUACGGCAUGUUCGAGGAGCAGCACAUCGACGGCAUGAUCAGCAUUUUCAUCACCAUGGGCUUCACGAAGAAAGUCCGGAUGCGAAAGCACUGGAGUCGGGAGCUAGAAGAGAUCCUCAACACUGCAUGGGCGGCGAACGUCGAGUGUGACAAUUGGUUGUCGUACGACGAGCAAAUGAUCAAGACUGUUUCGAACUACUCGAGCAAGAUGGACUGCCCGCUCGGCCGGACUACUCGCCACUUGCUUCACGUUCUGUUGGGGGAGUGCGGCGUGUUGAGGCAGAAGAUCGAUGGCUCGGGGGUAUUCAUCGCCAUGGACAACUACUUCACCUCCCCCACUCUGUUCGAGUGCCUCGCCUCCCACGACAUCUUCGCUGUAGGUACCUGCCGCGCCGAUCGGACUGCCAGCGCUGAUGUGUACCUCGAGAGCCUCGGGCGUACCAUUCCUAACCGCGGCGACAUGAACUUCUGCCGUUCGGGGCAAGUGGCGUGCGUGCAGUGGGCUGACUCCAAGGAUAUCUUCCUCAUCAGCACCAUCCACGUCGCGCAACCGGCCAAGGGAAAGGAGGAGGCAGGUGGAAUCGACCACUUCAAGCCUUUGCCUCUAUCGUGA